GUGCAGUCCUACUCGACAGACCGUGUGGAAUCUGCGAAAUCAGGCGCAGUCGACACGUCUGCCAGUGUGCCCAAGAAGAAGGAAUACCACGAUGAUCCCGAAAGACGCGCCGAGUAUCUAAGAAAGCUGAGGGAGUACGAUGCUCACAGUGAAUAUCUCAGCAAGCAGCGAGAGCGUAUGCUUAUCCGUCGUCUCCAGCCAGAAGUCAGAUUAGACUCCGCACAUGGAUUCGACGAUAUGCAUGGUUCCGAGAAGAUCUGA